ACGGACAACCGUCACGGCUCACCUUUCGCUGACUGUACUAUAACAUUUUUGUUAUCCAUUUUUUUUACAGAUGUUGACAUGUUGUUAUCAUCAUGUUAGAGAUACCCACUAAAUAUAAUUCGAAGUUGGUACAAUUUAUGUAUUAUAUACUAUAAUUAUAUAAUAUUAUACUUACUGCGUCAAUACGAUCAAUAAUAAUGCCUACGUAAGUCCAGCUAUCAUAACUCCGAUCGAAUAUUUUCAUUUUUUCAAAACAGCUAGUAGCUACGCCUUUGCUUAUUAGUUAUUUUGUUUUACAUAAUAUCGUACCUACUUAAACCGUCCCGAUGUUACAACAACCAUCAUACCUACUAUACUCGUCGAUGCUGUGAACAGAGCUAAACAACAACAAAUAUCACCUAGAGUGAUAAGUGUCACUAACUUACCAGCCCGGGCAAUAAUCAAUAUAAGAGUUUGUCUAAAUAGAACAAGAAAACAGCCGAGGAAGGAGGAAUAGAACUUCAUCAUGACAAAUGAAACGGAUACUGUUGAAAUUGAAGAAAAACCAGAAAUAUCCACCCAGUCGGUUUCCCAACAGUCAGCAAAUGUAUCGACUAGUGUACCAGUAGAGAGGUAUGCAUUGGCUUGUACUACUAUGGAAACUGAACCCAGAGUUGGUGGCUCUGGUGCAGCAACUGAUACUGUAACUAUCUCAUCAAACAAUUCGACUGUAAAACCAUUAAAAGAAACAGAUGCUAUCCUAAAACGGCCUCUAAUUGAAGAAAACAAAGAUGUUAAACCAAAAAAACACAAAGAAGAUCAUAACCAAAGUUCUAAAGGUGAAAAUGAGGCUUUUAGUCCUAAACCUUAUAGUGAUGAUGAUAAGUCUGGUGGUUCGAGGCCUUCUAAUGCUGUCAGUCUUGGAGGUGGCCCUAAAGUACCUUCAUUAAAAAUUAAAAUUAUAAUACCUUCUAAUGAUGGUGAUAUGAGUAAAAGAUUAAAUGGCAAUAAUGUUCACUAUACAGCAUUUCCAUAUAUAGUACCAUCCGAAGAGUCACCACUGGCAUCUAGUCAGCCUAAUUCACCAAAGUCUUUGCAGAAAGCGACUUUUGAUACAGAUGUAGAAGAGCAAAAAUGUCAUCAAACCAGAGUAUUUGGCUUGUCUAACAGAUGUAUGAGUAACGGUAAUAAUGCACCCAGUCGUGGUACUUCUCCAAUUGUUCCCAAUGAACAGUUGCCUCAAAUUACUUCACCAGCUGCUGUGGGAAUAGAUGCAGGAUCAGGUAUAUUGUCACAGUCUGCUACUCAUUCAGAACAGACUGAAAAUGUAUCGGCAAUUAUUUCUGAAGAUGACAAACAGGUAACUACUUCUGCCGCAGCUACUGUAAUUACAGCGUCUGAUUCUGUUGCAACGGCUGAACUAUCAGGGAAGGAACUACAUCCUAGACGACGUAAAUUGAAAUCUAGAUGUAAUGAAUCCAAGACUUGCAAUUCAUCUAAUGCUAAUAUUACUGUGGGAACUAAUCCGUCUGGCACAACCAGUGAACCUGCUCCGGUUACCAAUUGCUAUCAAAUGUUUUUAGACAUUAGAAAACAAAUUGAUAAGAGACAUAAAAAUUUGUGUCCUGUAAAACCAAAACCACCUUCUGGAUUUAAAGACUAUCUGAUGAACAAGCGUACUUAUAUUUUGGCUGGUAACUGCAAUAGCCGUGUCGUAAAUACACAAUCCCCAAUGCCAGCCAAUUUGCACAAGCAGUUGAAAAAGCUUUUUAUUGAACAAGAUAAAGAGAGACAAAGACUUCAUGUACAGCAUAUAGUAGAAAAAGAAAAAUUGGUCUUGAGUGUUGAACAAGAGAUACUCAGGGUUCAUGGACGCUCAGCUCGUGCAUUAGCUAAUCAGAUUUUACCAUUUUCUGUAUGUACUAUACUCAAGGACAAUGAAGUUUAUAACAUUAUGACACCCGAGGAAGAAAAAAAGAAAGAUAAACCUACACGAUCGCGUUACAAUGGUCGCCUUUUGUUGUCAUGGCUACAAGAUGUAGAUGAUAAAUGGGAAAAGAUAAAGGAAUCAUUGUUACUGAGACAUCAUAAUGAGGCAGAGAGUUUACACGCUGUACAGAAAAUGGACUGGGGAUGGAAGUUAAAGGAAUUACGGUUAUGUGCCUAUAGCUCUGAACCCAAUAUUGAUGAAGAGCAUGUACCGAUAGUUCCAGUCAGCGACGAUUUAGAUCUCUUGCCUGCCUAACCUAGUUUUGUUAUUUAUUAACAUAUCAGUACAGUAUUUUGACUAUAUGUUUGAUAUUAAUGAUUGUUAUGCAUUUAGAUUAAUAUUUUACUUAUUUUACUUACCAUAUAUAUUAAUUACAAUAUUGGGAGUUUGGCCAAAAAUUGUUUAUUACUACCAUUCUUUAAUUAAAAUUUAUAAUUUAUUGAUUUAUACUUUUAUGAUGACAUUAAAUGUUUUCUCAAACCAA